UUCGUUUUUACUGAACCUUGCCCUCGCGGUCGUCUUCGUCUAUUCUCUCUGCAACCGAAGACCCUAGAAUCAAAUCUGCCAAUUUGCAUUCCAUCUCAAUGUUGAAGGUAGUCACUGCGUCCUCCCGCAGCCGCCUCACUCACCUCGCUUCUCCACGCCUCCUCCGACCAGCUGCAGCUCCUCCCAGCUCCGCCCGAAGUUCUGGUUCGUUGAGCCCCAAUCUCGGUCAAAGGGAUUUCCCUCUCCCUGGUUACGUCACUCCUAGGCUCGAGGACCAUGCCACGGUAUUGGCGUUGCCAUGGACUGGUAGACCUCUGUUUCCCAGUAUGAUUACAUCUGUCAAUGUGCAGAAGAUUGUGGAUGACAACGGUGGGGAUAUGAUUGCUGGUCAUGUGCUUGUUGGGCAUGGUCGGCUUCGGAUCACAGAGAUGGUCAGUGAAGAUCCUCUUAUUGUGAAGGUUGAUCAUCUCAAGGACAAGCCAUACAGCAAGGCUGACGGUCCCAAUUUGCCUACCGCAUUGGACCUUUUAUCAACCAUCUCCAUGAACCGUGUUCCUUUCAUCGAGCUCAUACGAAGGUUUGAUUUCUCGAGGUUGGCCGAUCACGGGGCUGCAAUCUCCAAUGGUGCAAACAAUUUGCAGCUACAGGAAGUGCUUGCAGAGUUGAACGUGCAUAAGAGGCUGAAACUUGCUCUUGAACUGGUGAAGGAGCAGACGGAUUUCACCCGACUUGAGUCCCAGAUGCGGCUUGUUUUGAGUAAAAUAGGUACUAGAAUAGCACUAGAAGAAUCUGGGCUCGAAGAAUACACCCAGAUAAGACCUUGGAUCACAUUCUGUGGUAAAGGUUUUGACAGCGACGGACACCCCAACGAAGUGGAGCCGCUUACUUGAUUGGAUCUCGGUUCUCUUAUCCAUAUGACAUAUAUAAUUUUGUACAAAUAGCUAAUUGCUAAUGUCGGAGCAAUGCUGAACAAUAUUUCAAGCUGUUAAACUGUAUGUUUUUACCUCAUAUGUAGUAGAAAGUCGUAAUGUUGAUGAAGGAAAGUUAAGCCCGUGGAGUUUUUCUGAUUCUAAAAGUAUAUGGCAUAUUGUACAAAUGACUAAGCCAAUGUGGCGAAAAAGACUA